CACAGCUUGGCGCGGGCGGUGGCGCGGGCGGUUAAGCGGCAGGCACAAAAAAAUGAUGAGAUUGGAGAGGAACAUCUUUUAGCUUUAAUUCUAAAGGAAGGUGAAUUAGAUCAACAAGAAUGCAAAAAAAGACUGAAAGAGUACUGCAAAAACUUAAGAAGUAUAAAUCCUAAAUUAGAUAAAGUGGAUCAAAAAUUACAAAAAGUGUGUAAAGAAGAUAGAACAGCUGAAGAAAAGUGCACAGGAUUAAAAGACAAAGUCAGUCAAAAAUGCAUUGAAUUUCAAAGAAAACUUCAAACAGCUGCUGGAAAAAAAAUUUCAGAAUUAACAGAUGACAUUUGCAAAGAAAAUGAACGAAAAUGCCUAUUUUUGGAGGGAGCAUGUCCAACAAAACUUAAAGAUAACUGCAAUAAAUUAAGGAAUAACUGUUAUCAAAAGAAGCGUGAUAAAGUGGCAGAAGAUGCUCUUUUAAGAGCAGUUCGCGGAAGUUUAACUAAGGAAGCUACAUGUCAAGAAAGGCUUAAAGAGGUUUGCAUAGAGUUGAGUCAAGAAAGUGAUGAGUUAACGAAGCUUUGUCUUUACCAAGAAACAACAUGCAGCAAAUUUGUAUCAGAAAAAAAAGGAAAAUGUACUACUCUUGAAAAUGAUAUUAAAACAGUACUUGGAAAGGAAAAUAAAUUACGAGGAAAAUGUUUAGCACUGCUUGAACAAUGUUAUUUUUAUAGAGGAAAUUGUGAAGGAGACAAAUUAAAGUGCAGCGAACCUGCUAAUCAGGACUGCAAAGAAUAUAUACCAGAUUGCGAUAAACUAGAAGAAGAAUGUGAAAAACAAAAUAUCAUUUACACACAUCCGGGACCUGAUUUUGAUCCAACUAAGCCAGAGCCUACAGUAGCAAAGGACAUAGGGCUGGAAGAGCUUUAUAAAGAGGCUGAGAAGGAUGGAAUUUUUAUUGGAAAGAAUCAUCUAAGAGAUGCAACAGCUUUGUUGGCGUUGUUGAUUGAAAAUAGUAAUGAUGCUGAAAAAAAAUGCAAUGAGGUCCUCAAAGAUAAGUGCAAAAACUCUCAUGAACAUGAGGCCUUGGAAAAACUAUGUAAUAAAACUAAUCCAAGUGAUUAUAAAAAAAAAAAAUGCGAAGAAUUAGAGAAAGAUAUCAGAAAAACAUGUGAUAUUCUCACGUCAAAGCUUAUAAAUAAUCGUCUUUUUGAUGCAGUAAAUUCUAAAGUUGAAUGGGGCAAGUUGCCAACAUUUCUUAGUGAUGAAGAGUGUGCAAAACUAGAAUCUUAUUGCUUUUAUUUUAAAGAAAGAUGUCCAGAUGUCAAAGAAGCUUGUAUGAAUGUGAGGGCAGCGUGUUAUAAGAGAGGGCUUGAUGCACGGGCAAAUAAAGUGCUGCAAGAAAAUAUGCGAGGAAUGUUACAUGGUUCAAACAAAAGCUGGCUUGAAAAAUUUCAACAAGAAUUAGUAAAAGUAUGCAAGGAACUAAAAGAAAAUAAAGAAAAUUUCCCAAACGACGAACUAUUUGUUCUGUGUGUACAGCCAGCAAAAGCGGCCCGGUUGCUUACACAUGACCAUCAAAUGAAAGUUAUCUUUUUACGACAACAAUUGGAUCAAAAAAGAGAUUUUCCGACAGACAAAGACUGCAAGGAAUUGGGGAGAAAGUGCCAAGAUUUAGGAAAGGAUUCAAAAGAAAUUACGUGGCCAUGUCAUACACUGGAGCAGCAAUGCAAUCGCUUAGGGACUACAGAAAUUUUGAAGCAGGUUUUACUGAAUGAACACAAGGAUACUUUGAAAACUCAUGAAAACUGUGUAACAUAUUUAAAGGAAAAGUGUAAUAAAUGGUCUAGAAGAGGCGAUGACCGUUUCUCUUUUGUAUGUGUCUUCCAAAACGCUACGUGUGAGCUGAUGGUAAAAGACGUGCAAGAUAGGUGUAAAGUAUUCAAAGAAAAUAUAAAAGCUUCAGAGAUUGUUGAUUUUCUUAAAAAUAACACGAAUAACAUAACAACACUGGAAAGAAACUGUCCCUCCUGGCAUACGUACUGCAAUAGAUUUUCACCUAAUUGUCCAGAUCUUACGAAAGAGGAUAGUUGUACAAAAGUCAAGAAACAUUGUGAGCCGUUCUAUAAAAGAAAGGCCUUGGAAGAUGCUCUCAAAGUAGAGCUUCGAGGAAAGCUGAGUGAUGAAAACAAAUGUACUACAGAAUUAAAGGGAUAUUGUACAAUAGCGAAAAACGUAAAUAAUGCAUCAAUCAGUGGUUUAUGCAAAGAUAGCACUCAAGGUAACAAUAAAAAGCCUGAGGACAAAGUGGUAGAAGAGCUUUGUAAGAAAUUGAUGGAAGAAGUAAAAGAGCAAUGUGAGACAUUACCAGCAGAAUUAAAACAACCGGUAGAAGAUUUAGAAAAAGAUUCUAAGACAUAUGAGAAACUUAAGAAAGAGGCAAAGGACGCAAUGAAUAGAUCCAGCCUUGUUUUAUCACUCGUUAAGAAAGACGGGAAUAAUACAUCGAAAAGUAAUAGCAAGAACAAGGAUAAGAAUGCCGUUUUAAACGGACUUCAAGAUACCACAAAACAUGUGAAAAUACUGCGGAGAGGAGUUAAGGAUGUACUUGUAACAGAAUUGGAAGCCAAGGCAUUUGAUUUGGUAGCAGAAGUAUUUGGAAGAUAUGUAGAUUUAAAGGAAAGAUGUGAGAAAUUGACUUCAGAUUGCGGGAUUAAGGAAGAUUGCAAAGAGUUAAAAGAUGUCUGUGAAAAGAUACAAGGAGUAUGUUCGAAACUAAAACCACUGAAAGUGAAGCCGCACGAAAUAGUCACAGAAAGCACAACAACGACCACGACGACCACAACAACCGUUACCGAUCCGAAGGCAACAGAAUGCAAAUCCUUACAGACAACAGACACAUGGGUUACACAGACAUCGACACACACAAGCACAUCUACCAUCACAUCUACGAUUACAUCAAAAAUAACACUCACAUCAACGAGGCGUUGCAAACCAACCAAGUGUACGACAGGGGAUGAUGCAGAGGACGUGAAGCCGAGUGAGGGAUUGAAGAUGAGUGGGUGGAAUGUUAUGAGGGGGGUGAUAGUAGCAAUGGUUAUUUCGUUCAUGAUUUAG